AUGGUCAAACGCGUGCGAAUACCUACGCUUGAACGGCUGGACACCUCGCGGUUCAAACUGGCCUCGUUCAGAAACAUCCUCCUCAGUCCAGCAGUCCUGAUACUGGUCGCGACCUACUUCAGCUACCAAGGCGCCCUAUGGUACUUUCGAAAUCAUAUCUUCUGGCGAGAGCCCCACGGAGAGUUCUUCAACGACGAACACGUCUACGACUUGGGCUACAGCCGUGAACGACAGCGUGACGCCGCAGACUUUCUUGCUCAGGCUGCCAAUGACUCCGCUUCGUCUCCGACCCACGCCUACGGACCUCUGCUCUGUGCGGGCAUCGCGACAGUCAAAAGACGAACGGACUACCUCAAUGGGACAAUCGGAACCAUGUUCGCAACCCUCACGCCAGAGGAGAGAGGUGCGAUGGAAGUGCGCUUGACCUUCGUAAGCGCGCAUCCGGAGGACCACCCCGACUGGGACCAGGGGUGGCUGAACUUGGUAGACUUCCACGGCGGCUACAACGUCACAGAAACUGAGAUGGAGCAGCUGCGGACAUGGGAGGCGGAUGACAAGUGGAUUCAGUGGAAGGGCGUGUGGGACUACACCUACCUGCUGCUUGACUGCUAUGAAAGGUCGAACGCACCGUAUAUCGCAGUCUUCGAGGACGACAUCAUCUUCGCCGAGGGGUGGAUGUCGAAGACGCUGAAAGCGCUGGCGGAGCUGCGAGAGAUGUCCAUCGAGUGGCUCUACCUGCGGCUGUUCUACACCGAGACUUUCCAUGUCUUCUGGAAGAAACGCGAUUUUUUCCACCACUAUCGCGGGGUCGCACACGGAACAGGAGCUGGCGCAACGGCCUUCAUGCUCCUGCUGCUGCGGGGGUGUUCGAGGACCGUACAACGACGCAUCUACAACGACGCAUCAACAACUGGACGCUGCUGGUCGUCGCUUGCAUUACCGGUGCCGAAGCACAGUCUCAAGGGCACUGGCCUAACGCGUAUGGACGCCGCAUGCUGCACGCAGGCCUUGGUGUUCCCUCGGUCGCAGGUUCUGGACGUGAUUGACUACCUGCUGGAGCGAGAGCGAGGACAGACAGAUCUGAUGAUUGAGAAGUACGCCGAUGAGUUGGGCAUUGCAAGGUUCGCCGUCGAGCCUCAGCAGGUGCAGCAUGUUGGUGUGAAGUCGUCCCGAGGGGGCAGUAAGAAGACGGUUUGGGCUCACUUGUUCGAGACGUACAAUGGAGAAGCGCUACGGGAAGAGCACGUUCGAAUGGCUAAGGGUGGAAGGACGUGGCGUCCUCAGGAUGAUGGACUGAGCGACGUUCUGUAA